GUCAGCUGGCUUCACUAAGCCUAACAACCGCAAUUGCGCAUAAGCAGGGUCGGUGACGGUGGUGGUUAACUUGUUAAAUCACCCCAGGUUUACUCAUUGUAGCGACGAGCGUUGUAACAUAAAAUGGACGGUGUUAGCAACGUAUAACCAGUCGAAAACAUGGACAAGUCUAGAGCAGCCUACUUCACUGAAGAAGAGAAAACGAUCAUCUUAAACAAAUAUGAAGAGUUUAAACACAUAAUACAGGAAAAAAGCUACACAGCUGCAGCUGCCAGAAAAAGAAAGGACAUAUGGCAAAAAAUAACCGACUGCGUGAAUGCCUGCAACCAUGGCAGUGUGAAAAGAUCCUGGGAGCAAAUAAAGCAUAAACACAAAAACAUAAUUCAAACCGCCAACAGGAAAGAGGCGGGGAAGACAGCAGGGGCCCCUCGUCCACAGGACUACCCUCCUGCUGAGGAGCUGGGCCUCUCCAAUAUUCAGGGUGGCCCCUUAACGGAAUGGGGCAUAUCCCCAGACACAAAUGGCAGCUCCCAAACAGGAAUAUUUGUGAAGGUUGAAGGAGAAUCCUUGUUGUUGUUGUCACCACCCACACUGCUGCAUACAAAGGUGGAGGUCCUAGAUGACAAGGAGGCGCUGUCGACAUGCUCAGAGAGAACUUCGGGGGAAGAGGGAAAUCUUCCUCCCCCCGAGUUUAUUGCCUCCACUUCUAGGCCAAGCGGAUCACCUGGGGUUGGAACAGACAGUGUGAGGACCCUGUACAAAAGAUCCUUAGAGCUGGACAUAGAGUACAAAAAACUCAAAAUUAGAAAAAUUCAGCUUGAGGUGGAGAAACUAGAGCAUGAAAAGAAGGAAAGGGAGAAGAGAAUGAAACCCCCAGAAUGA